GUGGAUCGUCAUAGCCGCGAGAAGCAAAAGCGUCAACAGCAACCGCAUUGCGUGAAUCAAGCUACCCCACACCUACCACUCCGCCCACUCCAAUCGAUCGCAAUGCUCGACGUUGAAGACUUUGACGCCGUCUUCCAAGGCCUCAACUACACCGAUGGCCUGGUGCAGCAAAUUCAAGAGUACCAGCAUGCGCUCGGCGGUCAGACUUUCUUUGAGCGCCUGCUAGAACUAUUGAAGAUCAAAGGACGCAAAGCAUAUCCACCAAAGACACCGCAACAGCUCCACGAUCUUCACCAGCGCAUCGUCUCCUCCGAAACCACACUACACAAUAAGCACUGCUUGAUCUUCUACCUUCUCAAAGACUUGUCGCCGCAGCACCACGAAGAUGACGAGCUUGCCACCGCAUUCGCCCGCGACGUACACCUCGAGAAGCGCUUCUGGACGUUCAUCGAGGGGCUGUGGGCGCUCGAUCGCCUCGAGUUCGCGACCGCUGUCGGCAACCUCACACAUCCCAGCAUAAUACCAACGUUUCCAGACGAGAUCAUGUUUACGCUGCUGAGGUGCAGGGAGAAGCUGAACAGGGUGAAUGUACAAAAGGGCGAACAGGACGAGGUGCUACCACUUGCGUACUACAACUGCGUCAAGCCACCCCUCGAGGACCAGAAGGUCAGGAACGAGUUCGCAAAGUACCUCUCAGGUCGCAACGUUACGGAGACAUACUACUGGAUACACACUCGCCCAGAGUAUGAGCAGAAGCCUCUUCUUGAGAUCUUGAUCGAGCAGACAUUAGAGAAGAGCGUGUGGAACAACGGCAUUGGCGAAGAGGUGUACACGAGGGAGGACAAGGCUAUGGAGCUCGUUAGCUUGCCAUUCAGUGAUGACGAAGAGGGUUUCGUUGAAAAGUUCCUCACUGAGGGCAAGGGAAGGUCGUUUCGAAACGCAGAGGAUACAGUCAUGAUGCGCAGGAUUGCCAUGGGCAGGCUGACAGACGUGGCUGGCGACCAGAAUACACGGGGUCGCAGAGCAGAUGGUGUGAACUGGGACUCGCUCAAGGAUGGUGUCAAGAAGGGUCUUGGCCCAAGGCGUGACGAAGAUGGGUUCGUGUUCUGAGCUCUUGCUCCCAACCACUAGGAGAGUAUCUGUUUUGCAUAGCGAAGGCGUACGGCAUAUUAAUCACAGACUGGAGAUAGGCAAUCAGGUUAGUUGAAUCUCAC